GGAAAUUUCAAUCUUUGAACAUGAAGCCAAAUAUGUUGACAAAUGAGAUUGAAAGGACAAGAAAGCCGUGCCCUUUUGAGAUCACCUUCUUCAAUCAAAGAGGCUCCUAUUUUCCCCUGUUCCCAUGGAACCUAAGAGCCCAAAUCAAUAUCAACCACAGAUGCCCUCUUUCUUGAAUCCUCCACAAGAAGCAAGCAUGUCAGAGAACAACAUCAACAGCAAUAACAACAAGCCUGCUGAGAUCGAAGAUUUUCAAAAUAUGAUUGCGGACAAAGAUGAUAGAAAGAAGAAAUUAGCACCAAAGAGAAGCUCCAACAAAGACAGGCACAAGAAAGUGGAAGGUAGAGGAAGGAGGAUAAGGAUUCCAGCUCUUUGCGCGGCCAGGAUUUUUCAAUUGACAAGAGAAUUGGAGCAUAAAUCUGAUGGAGAAACAAUUCAGUGGUUGUUGCAACAAGCAGAACCAUCGAUUAUUGCUGCGACUGGUACUGGGACCAUUCCUGCAUCAGCUCUUGCAGCUGCAGGGGCCUCUGUUUCAGAGCAGGGGGGUUCUGUUUCAACUGGAUUGCAUGCAAAAAUGGAAGGGUUGGGACCAGGCGUUACUGGGUCCAGAGAUAGGAAUGAUUGGACCAUGUCGAAUACUAAAUUAGGAAUAUCUAAUGUGGCAACUGGGGUCUGGCCAUCUGUAGGUGGAAUUGGGUUAGGAUUUGUUCCCAAUUCUGGUCAAUCAACAUCGAAUUUUGGAAACGAAAACUCCAGUACUUUACCGAAAUAUGGGUUCCAAGGGGUUGAGUUUCCAAAUAUUAACAUGGGCUUAAUGAGUUUUUACUCCAUGUUUAGUGGCACUAACCAGCAACUUCCUGGCUUGGAGCUUGGACUUUCACAGGAUGGCCACAGUGCGAUGUUAAAUCCUCAAGCUUUGAGUCCCUUUUACCAUCAGAUGGUGCAGGGUCGUGGUGUCUUAGAUUCGUUGAAUCAAGAAAAGCAGCAAGAGCAACGUCCUGAUAAAGAUGAUUCCCAAGGAUCAAGGCAGUAGAAAUACGAGAUAAGUUUUUAAUGGAUGGCUAUCCAUUAGAAAAUCAGUAGAACAGUAAAGCGUACAGUCCCAUAUUUUCUUACCUUUGAUGACUAGAAAUGAGUGCAAGACUUGACCAGCACUGGCCAAUCUCUUGAUCAACAGUUUCAUCUAAGUUUACUAAAACAGGUUGAAAUUGGAAGAUAACAUGGUUUGAAGUUUACAUUUGGAGUUUGUUUCAUUUAAGUUUUUGCGGGAGUGUUGUUUCACAAAUAUUUUGGUGCGAGAUGAUCAAAAGAAAAAUAUUUUUGCCACUAUUAGACCUA